AGAAAAAAGCCUGAAAUAAAACGCACCACGGCCGAAAUACUGUGGGAUCGUUGAGUAUUUUCGCUCUAGGAACGCCACACAUGCUUGACGCUCGCUGUCAUAGUGGGCGCGUAUGUUUUUUUAGCAACAAAAAGACCGAGCUAGCCCGCGGAUGCUCCAGCCGCGGCGCGCAUUUCACUCCGGGUUGCCAAACCUGCUUCUAUCCCGCUGUCUACAACCACGCAACUCUUUUUUUGUUGCGCUGUUGAAUGCGUUAUUUAUUGCAAAUGCGGGGAUAUCACUUUAGAAAGCAACUGUCCGGCUGAUUUUUGUUUGUUAUUUCAUGUUUUGUUUGUUUAAAAUACUGACCUUUGACCAGUCACGUGAUCCCCACGCUCAGCAGCUUGCUCUCUGCUCGCUUCACUAAAGCACCACAAUGAAGUUUUUGGAUCUUUUUGGGCGUCUGAAAUCUGUCGUUAUUGGAAUGAUUCAUGUCAAAGCGUUACCAGGUACCCCCCUGGGUUGUUUGAACAUGUCCCAAAUUACUGAAGACGCAUGCCGGGAGGCAGAAAUCUACCGUGAUGCAGGGGUUGAUGGCGUGAUCGUUGAAAACAUGCAUGAUAUCCCCUACUCAUUCAACGUGGGUCCUGAGGUGUGUGCCUGUAUGACGGCAGUCUGCACUGCUGUGAGAAGAGUCUGUCCAUUCCUGCCACUUGGAGUGCAAAUACUAUCUUCUGCUAACCAGCAGGCACUGGCUGUAGCUCUGGCUUCAGGUCUGGACUUCAUCAGGGCUGAGGGUUUUGUCUUUUCUCACGUGGCGGAUGAGGGUCUCCUCAAUGCCUGCGCCGGGGACUUACUACGAUAUCGCAAGCAGAUUGGAGCUGACCAUGUGCAGAUCUUCACCGACAUCAAAAAGAAGCACAGCUCCCAUGCCCUCACAUCAGACAUGACCAUUGAAGAGACGGCCCGUGCAGCCCAGUUCUUCCUCUCGGACGGACUCAUCAUCACAGGAACAGCCACUGGAGUGCAGGCUGACCCACACGAGCUCAGAGAAGUGACCCAGUCUGUGAAAAUCCCAGUGCUUAUUGGUUCAGGAGUGACCUAUGACAACAUUGAACUCUACCUCGACGCAAAUGGAAUGAUCAUCGGUUCUCAUUUUAAGUAUGGCGGCCACUGGGCCAAUGAAGUUGACCCAGACCAAGUGAAGAGGUUCAUGGAAAAGAUACGUGACCUUCGAAAAUGAAAGUGAAGCUUUUCUGUCACCCCUCUGAGGCCUUAAACGUGUUUGACCAUCUACUUUUUGUUCUGCCACAUUAAAGACACGAAGCCACCAGCUUAAGAAAACAAGUUUUAUUUGUAUUUUUUGUACAUUUUAUAAAUACACACAAAUAGAAAAAACAUAUUUAUAUUCCAAACAGUUUGAGUAACAUGAAAAAUUGAGAACCUGAUAAAAAGUACAAAAGUAAUUAUUCCAUAAGUUGUGGAACAAAAGCGACAUUUAUCUGAGCAAAUUCACUGAGUUUUUGUUUGUUUUUUUUUUUGGUUGUCACACAACAUGAAUACUGUACAGUUCAACAUGUCAUGAAAUUAACUCUGAAUACAUUUGGCAGAAAAACA